AUGUUUCUAACAUGGUUCUCAGGACUAGGCGCUGGAAUAGUCUUCCUGCACUUAGUGCAGAAACUUGCCUUCCCUUACUUCUGGCAAGACUUUUGGUUCCUGCUGAAGAUAGUUUGCUUUGGAAUUCAUCUGCAAAUGUACAGCAAAAAAGAGCAGCUAUUUAGCAUGUUGGAUAAUUUCCUUUGCCAUGUCAAGAAGCAGCCCCAGAAACCAUUCAUCAUCUACGAGGGAGACGUCUACACCUAUCAGGACGUGGACAAAAGGAGUAGCAGAGUGGCCCAUGCCUUGCUCAACCAUUCCACGCUGAAAAAGGGGGACACUGUGGCCCUACUGAUGAGUAAUGAGCCUGACUUCCUCCAUGUGUGGUUUGGCUUGGCCAAGCUGGGCUGCGUGGUGGCUUUCCUCAAUUCCAAUAUUCGUUCCAACUCUCUGCUGCAUUGCAUCGGCUGCUGUGAGCCCAAGGCCCUCAUUGUGGGCGCAGAUUUGCUUGAAAGUAUAGAGGAAGUUCUUCCAAACAUCCCAGAAGGAAUCAGUGUUUGGGCAAUGAAAGACUCAGUCCCACAAGGCAUAAUUUCACUCAGUGAAAAACUGAGCACAGCAUCUGACAAGCCUCUACCACGCAGUCACCACUUAAGUACAAACCUCGAAUCACCUUGCCUGUACAUCUUUACCUCAGGAACAACAGGUCUACCAAAAGCAGCUAUAGUUCCUCAGCUGCAGAUGUUAAAAGGCUCUUUCUGCUUGUGGGCUCAUGAUUGCUCUUCUGAUGACAUCAUUUAUAUAACCCUGCCUUUGUAUCACGGUUCGGGUUCUAUUCUGGGAAUUGCUGGAUGCAUUCAAUUAGGUGCUACUUGUGUGUUAAAGAAGAAGUUUUCGGCAAGCCAAUUUUGGAAUGAUUGCAGAAAGUAUAAUGUGACUGUGUUUCAAUAUAUUGGAGAACUCUGUCGCUACCUUUGCAAACAACCUAAGAGUGAAGGUGAAAAGGAUCAUAAGGUGCGCCUGGCAAUUGGAAAUGGUAUACAAAGGAAUGUAUGGGAAGAAUUUUUAGAUAGAUUUGGAAAUAUAAAGAUAUGUGAGCUUUAUGGGUCAACUGAAGGAAACAUUUGUUUUAUGAAUCACACUGGGAAAAUUGGAUCCAUUGGAAGAACAAAUUUCUUUUAUAAUUUGAUUUUCAAAUUUGACAUAAUAAAGUAUGAUUUUCAGAAAGAUGAGCCCAUUAGAAAUGAGCAGGGCUGGUGCUGCCAUGUGAAAAAAGGAGAACCAGGACUUCUCAUCUCUCCAGUUAGCGUCAAGAGUCCCUUUUUCGGUUAUGCUGGGAAUGAGACUCAAACGAAAAAGAAGUUGCUUUGUGAUGUGUUCAGGAAGGGAGAUGUUUACUUUAACACAGGAGAUUUAAUAGUUGAAAAUCAGAAUUUUCUCUAUUUUUGGGACCGUAUUGGAGAUACUUUUAGAUGGAAAGGGGAGAACGUCGCAACAACAGAGGUCGCUGAUGUUAUUGGCAAGCUGGAUUUCAUAGAGGAAACAAAUGUCUAUGGAGUGGCAGUACCAGGUUAUGAAGGAAAAGCAGGAAUGGCUUCUAUUAUCUUAAAAGCAAAUAAGUCAUUAGACCUGAAAAAUUUUUAUGAACACGUUGUGACAUUCCUACCAUCUUAUGCCUGCCCUCGAUUUUUAAGAAUUAAGGAAAUCAUGGAAAUUACGGGGACAUUCAAAAUGCAGAAAUUUAAAUUGGUGGAAGAAGGAUUUAAUCCAUUGAAGAUUUCUGAUCCACUUUACUUCAUGGAUAAUUUGAAAAAAUCUUAUGUCCCCUUGACCAAAGAACUUUAUGAGCAAAUAAUAAAAGAAGAGAUAAAACUUUAA